CCUCUCUUCACCGGGAACCAGAGGAGCUCCGUCGUCUUCGUCUUCUUCGUCUUCGUUUUCUUCGGUGUUCAAUGAAAUGUUCAUCUUGCCAACCCACUCUUCCUUCACUCUUAAACCGCUGAUAGACCAGUCCCCUCCGCCCUUCACCUUCUUCUCAUCUCAGCUCCAUCCCACCCUCAUCUCCCAUCCUCCAAAAUCCAACCGCUUCCUCCUCCGCUGCUCCGCCGUCGAUUCCGACGCCCUCCCCAAAUCCGCUAUCCAAAGAAUUGCCGACAAGCUUCGAAGCCUUGGCUUCACUGAGCAACCGCCCGAACCAGUAUCGGACCCUAAUGCACCUUCUACGCCUGGAGAAAUCUUCGUUCCGUUGCCCAAUCAACUGCCCAAGUACCGGGUUGGGCACACCAUUGAUUCCAGCUGGAGCACGCCUGAGAAUCCGGUUCCGGAACCGGGAACGGGGUCUGCAAUUAAGAGGUUUCAUAUAAUGAGAGAUGAGUUGGAGAAGCGGAAGAGGGAGGAUGGGGUGAAGCAGAGGAAGAGGGAGGAGAGAGCGCCGACUUUGGCGGAGCUGAGCUUGCCUGAGGAGGAGUUGAGGAGGCUUCAGGGAAUUGGGAUUAGGUUGAAGCGGAAGCUUAAGAUUGGGAAGGCUGGGGUGACGGAGGGGAUUGUUAACACUAUACACGAGCAAUGGAGGCGGUCGGAGGUUGUGAAGAUAGUGUGUGAAGAUCUGUGUAGGUUGAACAUGAAGCGGACACAUGAUUUAUUGGAGAGAAAAACUGGAGGAAUUGUUGUAUGGAGAUCUGGAAGUAAAAUUAUAUUAUAUCGAGGGCCCAAUUAUGUAUAUCCUUACUUCUCUGAUGAAAUUUUGAAACAUGAUGCAUCACAAGGUGCUUUACUGGAUUCACAUAGUGAUGAUGAUGGAGGGAACAGUGAAACAGAGAGCACUUUAUCUAGCAUCAAUGAUGAAAAGUCUGCUGAACCAACUUCAUCUGAUAAACUGGCCGGUGGGACUCUCAUUCAAGGUGUUGGUGCUCCAAACAAAGUGAGAUUUGAACUGCCAGGUGAGGCAGAACUUGCAGAAGAUGCUGAGAGUUUGUUAGAAGGACUAGGUCCUCGUUUUUCGGAUUGGUGGGGAUAUGACCCUCUACCUGUUGAUGCGGAUCUUCUUCCUGCUGUUGUUCCGGGAUACCGUAAGCCAUUCCGUCUUCUCCCAUAUGGAGUGAAGCCUAAGCUAACCAAUGAUGAAAUGACCUCACUGAGGAGACUUUCUAGGCCUUUGCCAUGCCAUUUUGCAUUGGGUCGUAAUAGGAACCUUCAAGGGCUUGCUGCUUCCAUUAUCAAGCUGUGGGAAAAAUGUGAGAUAGCCAAAAUUGCAGUGAAAAGAGGCGUACAGAACACAAACAGUGUGUUGAUGGCUGAAGAGUUACAGCUGCUAACUGGAGGAACUUUGCUUUCCCGAGACAGGGAAUUCAUCGUCUUCUAUAGAGGAAAGGAUUUCCUGCCAUUUGCUGUUUCUUCUGCAAUCGAACAGCAACGGUACAUUCGAUUACAAAAAAUGAAACAGAUGGAUAAUGCACUAUCUACAACGGUGCAGGAGAAGAAACUUGAGAUAAAUGAACGUGGUCCCACAAAUGGAAGUCAGAGCAUCACGGAGUGGAAAAGGGUUGUCUCAGAACAGAGAAAGCUGAUAUCAUCUGAGACAUCUAUGAGAAAAACUACCAUCAAGUUGUCCAUUGCAUUGGAAAAAAAAGCGAAAGCAGAGGAACUCUUAGCGAAGCUGGAGGAAGAAGAGAUGCUUCGACAACCGGAAAUAGAUAAAGAGGGAAUAACUGUGGAGGAAAGGUAUAUGCUGAAGAAGGUUGGCUUGAGAAUGAAGCCUUUUCUACUACUCGGUAGAAGGGGCGUUUUUGAUGGAACAGUUGAAAAUAUGCAUCUUCACUGGAAGUAUAGGGAACUUGUGAAAAUAAUUACUAAUGAGAGAAGUUCUAAAACUGUUCAUGAUAUUGCACGGACCUUAGAGGCAGAAAGUGGUGGAAUUUUAGUUGCAGUUGAGAGAGUGAACAGGAGUUAUGCUAUCAUUAUAUACCGUGGGAAGAAUUACAAACGGCCUUCACGUUUAAGGCCUGAGACACUCUUGAAUAAAAAAGAGGCAUUGAAGCGAUCUAUAGAGGAACAACGUCGAAAGUCAUUGAAGCUUCAUGUUUUAAAGCUUACACAAAACGUUAAAGAAUUGAAACUUCAAUUGGAUAAAGACAAGAAAGCAAUUGGUAUGGAGUCGAUAAAGAAAUCAACGUUUCAGCAGGGAAAAGAAGGGACAAACGAGAUACAAACAGCUGGAAGUUUGAAAUUAGAUACUGAUCCUGCCUGCCUCUCUCAUGCAGAAGAUAAUGCUUGUUUGGAGGAGAAUGAAGUGGCCAUGGUCAAAGGGGGUAAUGCAGCUCAUACGAGUGGAACUGUCUGUUUGGAAACUUCAAUAAACAGUCUACAAGCCACUCAAAGGGAUAGUGAUACCUUUUUAACAUCUGAUGGUGAUCAGACUAAUGCCGAACUGAAAUCUUCGUCUGAACCGGUUGGGCAAGGAAACCACACAAAGGUGUCCAUGGCUGAGAAUGCUGCAUUUGGAAGUUUUGAACCUCUAUCAGUCGCUAAUUGUUUGUCAGGAGAGAAUAAUUCUGGAACUUCAGAUGCCGUGCAUCUUAUUGCUUUGAAUAAGAAGAUGAAGCCAUCUGUUAGAUUGGAAGAGGAAAAACUAGCAAUGAGGAUGAACCAACCAGGUCAGAUUCCUGCCAGAGCGCCUCAACUCUCCAACAAAGAGAGGCUUCUUCUACGAAGGCAAGCGCUCAAGAUGAAAAAACGUCCCGUGCUUGCUGUAGGCAAGAGCAACAUAAUUACAGGAGUUGCAAAAGCAAUCAAGCAACAUUUUAAAAAACACUCUCUUGCUAUAGUCAAUGUCAAAGGCAGAGCCAAAGGAACAUCAGUCCAGGAGAUUGUUUUUAAGCUUGAGCAUGCAACUGGUGCAGUUCUAGUCUCUCAGGAGCCCAGCAAAGUUAUUCUUUACAGGGGUUGGGAGGAAGAAGAUAAAUCCCAAGAUAGAAAACAAAGCAAGGGUGAAGCUCAACUCUCUAUGUCUCCUGAACUCUUGGCAGCUAUAAGGGUUGAAUGUGGAUUGCGGUGAACUGAAAGAAAAAGUCAGCUCCUCGUGAAAUUCUAGCUUGUCUCUCAGAGAUGUUACUUGAAGAGUUUCUGAAUGAUCAAACCUCCAGUAAUCAACUGGCAUUCUUUGGCUUGAUAUUCGUGGUGGCAGACGUUUGGAACUCGUCUCUUUUGCUGCUUGUCAAUGUAGCAGGUAAGAUUUAAGAAUGAAUCUUGAUGCAUAUGUAGAUUGAUAACUGAUCUUCAAUGGCAUUAAUUAUUCAAUUCUUUCUAA